AUGCGCAUCCGCAUUUCAUCCGAAACCGUUCGCCAGUCUGCAAAGGCGAUUGAAUUACCGUGGGGCGAUAUCAAAUCUCGUAUGCGAUUACCUCGUUCUCUAGCGGGAGCUUUGUAUCGGACACCGGCCAUCUCACAGUGCUCAGCUACCCCAGGAUCAACUAUUAUGGAAAAACCCGAGUUCCUACCCAAGAAGAUUCUGAUUCUCAGUAAACUUACAAGAUAUGAAUUUGAGAAGCGUGUUCACAAAGGAGUGAAGGAGUCUCAGCUAGAAGCUAUUUUGCAUAGACGAGGAUCUAACUACAAUAGAUUGGUAGCAAAACAUAAACAACAUUAUACCUAUUUAGAUACUAUAAAAGCCGAAUUAGAUCGAGUUGGUAUUGAGUCUCGAGUCGUUUAUCGAUGGGAUUACAAUGAAAAUGCCGUUCAAUGGGCUGAUUGCAUAAUGAGCGCUGGUGGAGAUGGAACUUUCCUAAUGGCUGCUUCAAAAAUAAAGGACAGAAACAAACCAGUGAUUGGUAUUAACACCGAUCCUCAGGGAUCGGAAGGGUACAUGUGUCUGAUGAAGAAAUUACCGAAAGAACAUUUCCGACCUGCUUUAGAACGCCUUCUUCAAGGAGAUUUCAACUGGUUAUUCCGCCAGAGAAUUCGAAUAACAGUAACGGGAGAGAAUAACGGCGUCCAAGAUUCGAUUGAGUUACACGAUCAACAAUUGAACAGAAACCCCUCAACCACGAGAUGGUCUGAUAAUCCGAGAGAUCCUGGAGAAGCAGACAACAGUAUGGAUUCACAUGAUAUACUCACCCCAGCCGUAAAACGAGUUCGCAAUAAUCCUGAAAACAUAACAAUAGCUUUACCAGUUUUAGCUUUAAACGAGGUCUUCAUGGGCGAAUCCUUGUCUUCUCGUGUCUCAUACUAUGAAAUCCAAGUCAACAAUGGGCUAAUGUUAAAACAGAAAAGUAGUGGUUUGACCAUUUGUACUGGAACUGGCUCAACAUCUUGGUAUUUCAACAUCAACAAGCUUACUGAUCAAUGUGUGACUGACCUUCUUAAAAUUGUCCAAGAAAAGUGCAAAGUAGAACUACCAGCGAAUGAUGAAGAUACCGUGAGUGACAUCUGCUCAGCAUUCAAUCAACAACUUGUGUAUGAUCCUCAUUUGCCAAAAAUGGCUUUUUCUGUCCGUGACCCAGUGUUCAAUGGAACAUUCCCACCAACUGCUCCAAGAGGAUUUGCAGAGAGAAUACGAGUAAAAAGUCGGGGAUACGAUGCUCAUCUAGUUGUUGAUGGAGGAGUUUCGUACAGAUUCAACGAUGGCUCAGAAGCUGUUCUUGAAGUUCACGAAGAAGAUGCUUUGAAGACUGUGGUGUUUAGGUGA